ACGUUACAUUUAUUCAAGGAUAGACUUCUAAUCUUUUGCUCGCGAUAACGAGCUUUUCUGCCGCGAUUUCGUCGAGCAGCGAGUAGCAGUGUGUCGUUGACCAUCGUGGCGACCGCUCCACCUCGAUAUCGGUGGUGCACGCACAAUCUUCUGUCCUUUCCUCGACUUCCGUCUUCUUCCUCUUCUUAUCCUCGUACGCUUCAUCCUGAUCCUCCUCGCUCCGAACUCGUCCGCGGAGAAAAUUCGCUCCAGUUCAUCAGACUUUCCUCCUAAGAACCUAACCCACCGAUGAUCGUCUCGCGCACGUUUGAUCAGAGAAGAUCGUAAUUGUGUUGAUAGUCCGGUGAGAUCGUGAACGAAAAAGAGAAAGUUCAAAGGUGCAACCAUGUACGCGAAGCUAUUACUAUUGAGGUCCGCCAAGGUUGGAUGUUUUCCAAGAAGAUUGGCUUCGUCCACCUCUAGGCUGAGGAUUCCCGAGCAAGCAGGUAAUAGACCGGACUUACGUAGAGAUAUGCAAUCGCCAGAAGGACCGCAAAAACCCACGAUGUUCAGCGAACGCAGCCAGCUGACUUACACGCGUCGUUUGGUGGUGAAAUUGGGCAGCGCUGUUAUCACGAGGGAGGACGAGCACGGACUGGCGCUGGGACGCUUAGCGUCUAUAGUGGAACAGGUAGCCGAGUGCCAAAACGGAGGUCGUGAAUGUAUUAUGGUAACUAGCGGAGCAGUUGCAUUCGGUAAACAGAAGCUCGCUCAGGAACUGUUGAUGUCCUUAUCGAUGAGAGAAACGCUCAGUCCCGGUGGCCACAUGAGAAAACGUUCAGGUACUCCUCUGGAACCCAGAGCGGCAGCAGCAGUGGGUCAAUCGGGUUUGAUGUCGCUAUACGACGCCAUGUUUGCCCAGUACGGUGUAAAGUUGGCCCAAGUGUUGGUCACCAAACCCGAUUUCUAUAACGAGGAAACUAGGAUGAAUCUCUUCAGCACCUUGAGCGAAUUGCUCAGCUUAAAUAUCGUGCCCAUAAUCAAUACGAAUGACGCCGUGUCGCCUCCACCGCAAGCGGACGAAGAGGUAGCCGGAGGCGGCGGAAGAAGAGGCAUCUCCAUAAAAGACAACGAUUCGUUGGCGGCCAUGUUGGCCGCAGAAAUUGAAGCGGACCUUUUAAUCCUGAUGAGCGACGUCGACGGGAUUUACAACCAACCACCGUGGCAGGACGGUGCCAAGAUGUUGCACACCUUCAGCUCUGACCUCAGGGACACCAUCAAAUUCGGACAAAAAUCGAAGGUUGGCACGGGUGGUAUGGACGCUAAGGUCAAUGCCGCGUUAUGGGCUCUCGAUCGUGGAGUCUCUGUUGUAAUUUGCAACGGCACUCAGGAGAAAGCCAUCAAGAACAUUUUGUCUGGAAGGAAGAUCGGCACGUUCUUCACGCAGACAUCGGAAUCGACCACGCCUGUGGAAGUCGUCGCUGAAAACGCUCGAGUGGGCAGUAGAACUCUUCAGGCUCUCCAACCGGAAGAACGCGCGAAGUGCAUUAACGUGUUGGCCGAUCUCCUGGAGACCCGUCAAAAGGAGAUCUUGCAGGAGAACGCAAAGGACCUCGAUGCCGCGGAAAAAACAGGUCUGGCGAAAGCACUUUUGUCUCGUCUUUCUUUGACUCCCGCGAAGCUGAAGUCUUUGAGCGCCGGCUUACGGCAGAUUGCCAACGAUUCUCUGACGAUCGUGGGUCGCGUGCUCCGGAGGACGCAGCUGGCAGAAGGUCUGGAACUGAGACAAAUUACCGUGCCCAUCGGCGUAUUGCUGGUGAUUUUCGAAUCGAGACCCGACAGUCUACCACAGGUUGCCGCGUUGGCAAUGUCCAGCGCGAACGGUCUUCUUCUGAAAGGUGGCAAAGAAGCUGCCAAUAGCAAUCGGUACUUGAUGGAACUGGUCAAAGAGGCGUUGAGCAGUGUCGGUGCCUCUAACGCGAUAUCUCUAAUCUCGACGAGGGAGGACGUCGGUGACCUGUUGUCGAUGGGAAAGCAUAUAGACCUUGUUAUUCCUCGGGGUAGCUCGGACCUCGUUCGAACCAUUCAAGAACAGUCAAAACACAUCCCGGUACUCGGACACGCCGAAGGAAUUUGUCACGUGUUCGUGGACAAAGACGCGGACCUGUCCAAAGCCUUGAAAAUAGUAAGGGAUUCGAAAUGCGAUUACCCUGCCGCUUGCAACGCUAUGGAGACUCUUCUUAUUCAUGAGAGCCACAUGAAAGGAAGCUUCUUCUCGGAUGUCUGCAACAUGCUGCAAAAGGAAGGAGUAAAAGUACAUUCUGGACCAAAACUGAGAGAGUUGUUAACGUUCGGACCACCGGCCGCGAAAAGCAUGAAGGUAGAAUACGGAGCACUCGAAUGUGCCAUCGAGGUCGUGUCGGAUCUCGACGAUGCGAUAAAUCAUAUUCACAAAUACGGUAGCGGACACACAGAUGUUAUUGUUACCGAGAAUAGUCAAAGAGCUACCCAUUUCCAGAGGGAGGUUGACAGUGCAUGCGUGUUCCAUAAUGCUAGUACACGAUUCUCUGACGGAUACAGAUUCGGUCUUGGCGCAGAGGUCGGCAUUUCAACGGCGAGGAUCCAUGCGCGCGGUCCAGUAGGAGUAGACGGUCUGUUGACCACAAAAUGGGUGUUGCAAGGCGAUGGUCACGCGGCCGCUGAUUUCUCAGAGGGUGGCGAUAGAGUUUGGCUGCAUCAACCCUUGCCGUUGAACGAAUCGGCAUGAAUCGAUGUUACAAAGGCGGGCAAUCUUAAAGAUACCGAAAACUCCGCCACAACACGAAAGGUUUUACACAGAGAGGAUCCAUCGGAGAGGAAUCACGUUGCUCUUCCGGAUUCGUUAAAAAAACGCUCGACAUCACGACGAGCGUGCACAUUAUUCCUUUCCAUACAAUCGCUCGUCGCUAAAAUCUUGAAAAUCAUAAAAAAUCGUACAAAAUAGAGACGUACGGUCUCGCGUGAAAAUAUGUCUUUCGUAAAAUCCCUCCUAUCCGAUAACAGAUUAUUAUUAAACGUCAGCGUUAAUGGUAUUUGUAAAUCGGAUUAAUUGCAACGAAGCUCGUUGGAAGCUCUUUAUUCGACAAUUGUAAUUAACUUUGUUACAUAAAUACCUAAUUCCUUGUAGAAUAAGUAUUAUUCGUAAGAAUUACUCGUGAUUAAAACGGAAUUCAUUCACUUUCGAAACCCUUUAACGGACCAAAGAAAUAUUCCAAUAUUGGAACAGAUGAAAAUAGUGUAAUUAAAUAACCGUGCAAUAUAUUAUCGAUCAAUUUAUACUUAAAAAAUUUGUACUUAGAAUUUUAUUACCCUUCCUGAAAUAAAAAAAGAAACAGAUGAAAUGUCAGAAUGUUAAUAUAAAUUUUGAAAAUUUAUCACGAUAGCUCGACCUCCUGGGUCCCGUGCUGUCUUCGUGCUUCUUUAUAUUUGAUAUGCAAAUGACAUUAGUGACCCCACGUGCAAAUUCAUAUUAUCUUUGAUUACAUGUGUCUUGAAAUAGGAUCGUGUUUUUUCUGUUGUGAGUGUAUAUCAUUUACGUCAGAAAGAAAGCGGAAAAUUUGAAUUUACCAGGCAAGUAAUGGAGCAAUGAAGAUAAUUACCAGAGAAGAGUUAGCAGUAAGCUAUUUAUGUCAUUGACGUUUCAGCGUCUAUUAGUAGUACGAUAUCUUCAUGCUUUGACUUUGUUAACAUUUCCUAUCUAUUUAUCAAUUUUUAAACUCGAUAUUGCCGUGUACAACUCAGUUUAUUCGAAUUUCAAAUUGUAAAUACGGAAAUGUACCAUUACUUCGCGAUAAAUAUUGUUUACACUUUUUCAGAGCGAAUAAUUGAUAAUAAAAAAAUACUAAAAAAUCACCAUAAUCAACAUGAAUCAUUUUCGAGACAUAGGUUUUCAUAUCUGGCAACUAAAACAUCAAUUAGAAAAUUAUGAUUCUUGUACUCCAUUGAUAGAACCUGAAGAGAUAAAAAUGUACGUAAGAUACGAUCAAUAACAACUAUUGUAGAAAUGAA